AUGUCUGAUGUUGCAGCCACUUCCUUUCUAAAACUGACUUCAUCACUAAAACAGUUGAGUCUCUCUGUUCAUCUUCCUAAGACAAACUGGAGUAGUGCCCUUGUGUCGUUGUACCUUCCCUAUUGUGGUGGUUUCAAAGGAUCAAUUCCACCAUCGUUUGGAAAUCUCACUCAAAUCGUUUCCGUAGAUUUAUCUGGAAAUCGGCUUCGAGGAUGGAUUCCAGAUGUUUUUGGGAACCUUACCAGAUUAACUUCCUUGAGAAUUUCUCGCUGUAAUUUGAGUGGUCCACUUCCAUUAGCCAUGUUCAACCUCCCAAAAAUUACCACUCUGGAUUUGUCACAUAAUCACUUGGAAGCUCCCUUUCCAAAUCAUGACAGUGAUUGGCUGUUUAAUCUCCCAUCUCUGCUAGAUUUAGACCUCAAUCAUAACAAACUAGCCGGUCCCAUAGAUCGAAUUCAGAUGCCUAGUUCUCUCCAACGUAUCAAUUUAAGUUCUAAUGACUUUCAUGGUCCACUACCGCAUUCUAUUUUUGAUCUUGUCAACCUUAGUAAACUUUAUUUGUCAUCAAACAACUUGAGUGGCGUCAUCGAGUCGGGUAUGCUUUCGAAACUCUUGAGUCUUGAAGUUCUUGAUCUUUCGAAUAAUAGUUUACUAUCAUUAAGCACAAGGGGCAAUGAUGUGAACUGUUCCUUCCCUCGGCUCGAAAUAGUGUCAUUCUCUUCUUGUGGCCUAAGACAGUUCCCGAAUUUCUUUCGAACCUCGAAGUUGAAGUCUUUAGAUCUUUCCUAUAACAUGAUUUCUGGUGGAAUUUCCAAAUGGGAAGCUCAAGGGUGGGAAGAAUUGCAAGUGUUGAACAUUUCCCAUAACUCUCUGACCACACUGGAGCAAGUUCCAGGAAAGAGAUUGGCAUCUCUCGACCUUCGUUCCAACUUGCUUGAAGGGCCAAUUCUCUCAACUUGGUUGGAUCUUCAAAUACCAGAUCCACUGUGGUUUCGUGUGUUAUUAAUUUCAAAGAAUAAAUUGGCAGGAAACAUUCCUUCUUCCAUUUGCAGUUGGACUUCACUUUUUAUUCUGGACUUGUCUAGAAAUAGCUUGAAUGGAACCAUUCCUGAAUGUCUCGGAAGCUUCAUUUCUAUCGAGUUAAUGAAUUUGCAGAUGAACAACUUGUCUGGCAAGAUCCCUGAUUCUUUUGUGAGUACUGUAUUGACCUAUCUUCUCCUCAAUGACAAUCGAUUGGAAGGAGUAGUACCACCAUCUUUGUCUAAUUCUACUUCAUUGGAGAUUUUAGAUUUAGGAAACAAGAAGUUAACUGAUACGUUUCCCCAUUGGUUAGCUUCACUCCCAAGUCUGCAAAUUCUUAUCCUGAGACAUAAUAGAUUUCAUGGAUCACUGCCUCAUUCUGCAGCUUCGACUAACUUCUCCGCAUUACGAAUGGUUGAUCUCUCUGGAAAUGAGUUCACCGGCAUCUUGCCCUUGAAACUCUUUGGAAAUCUGAGAGCAAUGAUAGAUAAACCUGAACACAGACUUUCAAACAUCUUAUAUGCUGGUAUUGAAGUUUAUGCUGUUGAUAUUCAGGAUUACCACACUUCUGUGAAAGUAACAACGAAAAGACGGUAG